AUGGCCGACGCCGACGCCGACGCCGUCCACGACGCCGCGCCCGAGCGUCGGUUGACGCGAAUCCGAGGCGUGGUGUACGACGUGACCGAUUUCGCGACCAAGCACCCGGGAGGGUCCCAACUGUUGUCGCUCUGCGUCGGGCGGGACGCGACGAUUCUGGUCGAAAGUCAUCACCUGCGACCCGAGGUGGUGGAGCGCUGGUUGAAGACGCUCCCGACGGUGGAGGGAGCGAGCGAGAUGUUCGGACCGGAGGAGACGUUUCCGCGACCGUUGGAUUCGGCGCUGUAUCGAAAGAUUCAACGGAGGGUGCGGGAUGAGGUGGUGGAGCCGUUGAGAAAGACGCGCGGGCGAACGCCGCACGGACGCGGAGGGUGCGCGGUGGACGCGUUUUGCGUCUUGGCGUUUUAUAUCGCGGCCAUGGUAGCGAGCACACGAGGAUUGUUCGACGCCUCGAUCGAAGAGUCAGUCAACGACGAGCGACUCUCUCGAGUUCCAAGUCCGAGUUACUCCGCUAUGAAGGAUGAAGUCACGAAACUGCUCAAGUUUGAGACCAAUUCUGAUGUGUCCACGCGUGACAUUCUGGUACCGGACGGCGUUCCGGCGGUGAACAUGCGCCAUUCUGAUCACGAAAAAUCUGUCGUCAUCGACUCCAAGACCCUUCCGGCAUUUCACGAGCCAAUCACCGUGCGGGUUCCUGGGAAUGAGUAUGAUCUUAUAGAAAUCAUCAACAGUCACGAGCAGCUCGUUCGAGAACGAAAGUGUAGUGACGCUUCAAUCGAAGUGGCGUCGUACGCGAGUAGAACUCCGCUACCGGCUACGUUGCUCGCGAAUACACGGCAAACGCUGACAGGAUUGAUCAACGCUGUACGCGAUAAUUGCUCUGUUGUCAGCAUUUCUCUCAACGUGAAAAGUGGUGACGCGAAGACCCUGACGAGAGUUGGCGGCGACUGUUACGUCGUCUCCAUCUGCGCAAGAAACUGGGAGGACGCCGUUCGCGGAUCCAAGCUCGCAGUUCAAUACAUGAAGGAUUUAGAGUCCAAGUCCUCGUGA